AUUCAUUCUACUUUAGUACCGCCACUGCGUUGGGAUGGAUGCCGUGAUUGCAUACCAGGGAGUGAGGGGCGAGAGCGGCAGGGCCCAGGGGGCCCAAGCAAACACUUGCCCAGGGUCCAUUCGUUAUUAAAGACGGCCCUGCCUCAGGAUCUCUGUGGAUCGUGCUUGUAAGGGAGAGCUGUUACUGCACCUGAGUUCCAGGACAGAACACAACUCGACCAAGUUGUUACAGGUAACAAAAAUAGCCAUGAAACUGUCUUGUCAUAAACACAAACUGUAAAUGACAAAUACCUCGUCCCAACAAGUUAAUGAUGAGAUUUUGUGUAAGCGAGUCUUCCAGUUGUGAAGAUCACAGCACAUUGUUGUAUGAACAUAUUUUCUGUUACAAUAAAUAUUGAUAUUUUGAGACAACUGCCCUAAUUGAAGUGACUUUUGCUAGCAAAAGAAUAUGUUCAGGAACAGACAUUUUUGUUUAUAAUAGAAAUAUGUGAAAAUUGGCAAAUCAUACCCAUAAUGAAAAAAAUAGCAAUUGGGAGUGUAUCAACUAAAUAGUGAUAAAAAAAAAUGGGGGGACAUAGGAGUGUCCCAUGAAAAAUAGGUAAUUUGUUGCCUAAAGGCUAAUAGAUUUAGUAUUUGUUUUUGUUCUGUUGUAUUGUUUUGGUUCUGGAGACAGCUUUUGUUGUAUAUGAAAGAUUUUUUUAGCAAAUUUGGCAAUUUUUAAACCAUGUUUUUUAAGUGCUUUACGUCAGACUAGAAAAUGUUCAUCUAGUUGGAGAAUCAGAAAGUGUACCCUUGAGAAAACCAUCUGGUACCCUUGAGAAAUUACUCCAAGACAAAAUAUGAGAUACUAGAAUGGGUUGGCUGCAACAAACAGUAAGGGUUCUCACAGUUCCAAGAUUUAAUUUUGAGCUUGUGUGUAUUCACAUGCGUUUCAGAUGGAGAAGAGAGUGGUUCUCAUAACAGGAUGUUCCUCCGGAAUUGGGCUAGGCUUGGCAGUACUUCUUGCCUCUGACACCUGCUCAAGAUUUAAAGGUAAUCCUAUUUUUAUGCAUUAUAUUCUAAGAUGUUUAUGAGUUUAACAGUCUUUCUUAUUCUUUCACUAGUAGAGUAUGCCAGUAUUAUAGCUUCAAUGUGUUGAGCAGAAAAUUAAUACAAAAAAGUCACAUUGAGUAAGCCUGACAAAUUUCAGUAUUUUUAGAUAUGCUUAUAAUAUUUAAUAUAGUUUCCUAUUAAAUGUUGUUCAGCAUAAAUUUGGCAAGCCAGUCAUCAUCUUAUCACUACUUGCGGUUUUGUUUAGUGAAUGGACCCAGAUCAGACACCAAUGGUCCAUUGUGUCGAACCUCUACUGUUUGUUCGUCACCUGUCCUGUAUUAACUCCAUCACAUUUCUUCAUUGUGAAGGUGCAUUAAAAUACCCGGCAAGGACAGAAUUUAUAACUAUUUAAAUAGAUUGCAUUAGGACCCAGUCAAUUAUGGGGAGUUUAUAAAAAAAAUUUAAUACUAUGACUCUACAUAUUACAGCUUUGCUGAGCUUCAUCUAAGGCACGGUAGGCAAUAUUUGGCACUCCAGAUGUUGUGAACACAUCGCCCAUAAUACCAUUACAACUGUAAUGGUGGCAAAGCAUCCUGGUAGAUGUAGUCCACAACAUCUGAAGUGCCGAAAGUUGCCAACUCCUUCAAUGUAAAGGGUAGUCUACAGCAGCCUGAAUCCCAAAGUGCGUCUAUUCCACUAUGUACAUAGUUUACAAAAUUAAAACCAUCCAGGAAUUUUUUUCUAAAUAUUUGUAGUAGCUCAUUUGAUCUUUGGUGUGAUGUAAUUGGACAUAACAUAAUAUUUAAAAAAGUGACCUGGCCCCCUCUUCCUGAUUUGUAGUUUGUUAAUAUUGUAGGUAUAGCAUAUAAUGGGCCUUGUGAGUACAUCACUACCUGUUCACUUUUAAAUGUAAAUGGUAUCUUCUAUCAAGCAAUUGCUGUAAGAGAUAUUAUGGGUAUUUGUUAGUUAACAAGUUGGCAUUGGUGAGCUACUUGGCUGAAAUACUCUGUUACUUAUGGUUCCUGGUUGAAAAACUUUGUUCUAGUUCAGGGGUGACCCCAAAUUUUUUUUAUCUAAGUUUGUUUUACUACAGCUCCCUUCAUGCUAUGCUAGCCUUAAAUCUGGAAAAGCAUCAUAGGUGUUGCAGUUUGUCGACAGCUGUAGCUUUAUUUAUGGUCUAGCUGUAGAAAAUGAUGGGGUGUCCAGUGAAUAUUACUGACUUGCUUAAUCUAUGAGCAAUAGAUAGCUGUAUACAUUUAGAACAGAUACAGAUGCAGUUAUCUAUCCAACUAAUUUCCCCUCUAUUUUACAAAUACCAGGGUUUUUUCAUGAAAGUGACAAUUCAAAGGGAAUUUCAAAUUUAAGGCUAGAGUAGCGGAACUGAAAGCAUUGCUGACUUUUGAGAAUCUUUCCAGAUCGGCUAUUUUUACCUUAGAGUCAGAAUUUACUUUGAAUUCUCACUUUAGUCAAUAGCUCUGUAUAUGUUGUUGAGGUCUGAGAAAUAAAGUUAAAUGUAGAAAUGCACGUUGCGCUUACCUCUGCACUGGAACUGAACUCCUCCAUUUUGCCUCUCUGUUAUAAUUAUAAACUCUGCCAUUUUCUGUCAUUAUAAAAAUUAUAAUAAUAACUUUGCCUUUGUCAGUCAGAACAGAGAGCGCAUAGAGACAGGAGAGGAAACAGAAAUAAUAUGGGAGAUUUAUCAAUGUGUUGUGCUCUGGAAAGUGGUACUAAUGUAAAAGGGAAGUGCAUGAGGGCUUCCAGCGUCUUCAAAGAAUUGAUUUAAUGUUUUCUUAUGGGGAAGGCCUAAUGCCCACGCUGCAUGAAUGCACAUUAGUUUCCUCCUGGUGGAAAAGGGUAUUUUUAACCCUUUAAUUGCCAUGAGGUGUGAGAGGGAGGGGGGGGGGAGCAGAGGGACACUAUAGUUUAGAAAUACAACUUUGUAUUUCACUGUAGUGUUCCUUUAACACAUUUAGAUGAUUUUCAAUUAAUGGCUCCCAUGUAUCAAUUUCUGAAUUCUGAUCAAUUUAGAGAGACCCAUCUAGAGUCAAUACACUUCAAUUUCAGAGUUCAGAUUGCUCAAAAUGAAUAUUAGCAUAUUUAGUAAAUUACCCAAAUUAUCUGUAUUAACUCAAUUGCUUCAAAUAAUUUUUGUUACAUUUGCUACUGCAUACUCAGCCUUUAAUAAAUAAUCAUAUUUCUUCCAAAUAAAAUUAAAUAUAAGGACAUAUACAGAAAUUAAAUCAAAUCAGUAAGGCUCUCACAUAAUUAAUUGUAAUGAUGACAAAGAAAAAUUAUGAUAAUAUUUGAAAUAAUUAUUCUUGCUAAAACAGUUUUCAUUGUUCCAGGGAAACUAAUGUUUUAUUGUAAGUUCAAUAUGUCAAGAAAGCAGUGUAUUCACAAACUUCUAUUCACAUAUACCGUCAGUGCUUUUUGAUUUUUUAAAUAGUGCCUCUUCAUUUUUUGAUCUUUGGCCUCCAGUCUAUGCUACCAUGCGUGAUCUGUCUAAGAAAGAACGUCUUCUGGAGUGUGUACGGGACUGCCACAUUGACACAUUUGAGAUCCUACAGAUGGAUGUAACAGACCAGCAAUCUGUGAUGGCCACUGUUGAGAAGAUAAAGGAACAGCGAGUAGAUAUUCUAAGUGAGUUGGAUUUUUUGCCUUAAAGUUGUCUGUGUAUUUGUAAUCUUGCCCUAGUACAAUACAUUACAGAUUUAAAACCGGGUUUUAAUAUGAUAUGCCUGUUGAAAAAAAACAAUGUAGAUAGAUAGAUAGAUAGAUCGAUCAUAUAUAUUUGUCAUAAUCAUUGGUUACUGACAAAGUGCAGUGAUUCCCAAAUCGCAGGGCAGAAUGGGCUACCAAUAUCCCAGCCCAAGAUUAGUGGGAGUUACACUAAUUAUAUUUUAGCCUUUUUCCAUUAGGGAAAUGUACGUUGGGAGAGGAACAAAGGAGACAGAAACAUAAAUAUAAAUACAAAUUAUAUAUAUUAUUUUUAAGUUUUAUGGCACAUGGGUGUAUAGAACUAGGGACAGGGGUACUAUAGUGUUAGGAAUACAGUCUUGUACUUUAUUUUUAAGAGUAUUACAACAAAAGGCUUUAGAUAUACAUGCAAUAUGACAAAGAAAAAAAUGUGCAAGAACUAGAAUUACAAUGUAGAAACGUUGUGUAACAUAUAAUUGCAAAACAUUGGCAUAUAAUCGUAUAUAUAAUAAGUAGUUUUCCUUCAGUUCUUUAGUAACUGAGCAUGAACAAUUUUAGCAUGAACGAGUUGGAGUUUCAUUGUACCCCCUAGUUUGCUUCCUCUAUUGGCUAAGUAGGUUCAAUGUGGGUAAUUGAAAGUUGAUGGUUGGUACUGAUGGGGGUUCAAAUGUGGUGACUUAAAUUGUGUCAUUGGAUUCUGGUUUUAAUAGCUUUGGUAACAAGAUUUUUUUUAAUGGUUACUAUUAAUCAUUUGUCUGUGUCUUAACCUUUCUGUCAGCACCCCCUACUGUUAGCUCUGUUUUGGUCUCUCGGGCCGGUCUCUCCGCUACUAACCUAACUUUUUUAUAUACAGUAUGUAAUGCUGGUGUUGGUUUGAUGGGGCCUUUGGAAUGUCACACCUAUGAUGCCAUGAAGAACAUAUUUGAUGUCAACCUUUUUGGAACCAUUAGCACUAUCCAAGCCUUUCUGCCUGGGAUGAAAAAAAGGAAGAAGGGUAGAAUCAUCAUUUCUAGUAGUGUAGGAGGUCUACAAGGUAAGAGUCACUAAACAGUAACAGUUUAUAAUAUAAUAUAAUACAUAACAAUGUAAUAUCUACUGAUAUUCAGCCUUAUAGAUAAUAAUAUAGACACAUAAUCUAGCUUUAAAACACAACAAACUACUUGAUUUAGCCAAUUUAUUUUAAUUUUUAUUUUUUUUAUAAAAAAUAUGUUCUGAACAUAUAUUACUAUUAUUACAUACAUUCAUCAGUCACAGCAGUGGUUCCCAAACUUUUUAGGUUCAAGGCGCCCUUAAUAUUUCAGUAUUUUUCUAAGGCACCCCAAGUCAAAAUUUCUAGGUUGUCUAUCUGUACAGCGCUACUGCAUUUACUGGCACUAUAGUGUAAUGUACAGUGUUGAUGUUUGAAGGUGUGCUUAUAUACAUUUAUUGUAUUACAGGGGUGUGUUUGUAUGUGAUGUUUGCGUUUCAUUGCAGGGGUGUGUCUGAAUGUAAUGUUCACUUUUAAAAGUGCAUGUACAUUUGUGUGAAGUAUUUGUGUUUGAAUGCAGGUUUGUGUUUGUAUGUAAUAUUUGUGUUAGAUUGCAGGAGUGUGCUUGUAUGUUGUGCUGGUGUUUGCUUGGAUGUAUGCACAUACAUACAUAUUUACAAAGAUAUUCAUGCACAUUAAAACACAGAUGCAAAUAAAUACACCGACACACACAUAUAGAUAUACAAUGACACAUACAUAGAUACACACCAACAUAGACACACAUGCACCCUGACACACACACUCAUACACAUACAAACACUCACACUAAUACACAUACAAACACUCAUACUCACACACACAUACACAUACACAUACAUACUCAUACACUCACACACAUACCCACACAAGUGAUUUUUUUUAUAUCUCCAGGCUUACUCCUGUCAGCUUACCUUAUGUGCCAGUUCUGCUGCUGCUGUGGGAGUGAGGGGUUGGAGCUCUUUAUGCUCCUCUCCCCUCACGCUGCAACUGCCUCCUCUCACUCCCGUGCUGUCUCCCUGCAGGAUGCUGGGAUAAAGUGACAGGCUGUCACUUUCUCCCACCCGGCCGACAUUACAGGGGCCCGGUAGCAGUCUUAAAGGACCGCGUCACUGGGCCGGGUCCCUGUUGAGCAGUAAUGUUUCUCCAAUGCUAUAAUCAUAGCACCGGGGAAAUAUUCUGCGGCACCCCAGUGUGCAAAUUGCGGAGCCCCAGGGGCCGAAGCACACAGUUUGGGAACCGCUGAGCGUUAAAACCAAUGACAGGUGAAGUGACCAUUGUUAUAUUGUUACAAUGGCAUUUGUCAAGGGGUGCGGUAAAUUAGACAGCAAGUGAACAGUCAGUUCUUAAGUUUGAUGUGUUGGAAGCAGGAAAAAUAGGAAAGCAAAAAUAUCUGAGUGGCAUUGACAAAAGCCAAAUAGUAAUGAUUAGACGACUGUGUCAGAGCAUCUCCAAAAAGGUAAGUCUUGUGGCGAAUUCUCGGUAUGCAGUGGUUAGUACCUACCAGAAAUGGUGCAAGGAAGUAUAACCGUUGAACCGGCAACAGGGACUUGGGCAUUAAAGGCUCACUGAUGCACGUGGGGAGCACAGGCUAGCUAGAUUGGUCUGAUCACACAGAAGAGCUACUGUAGCUCAUAUUGCUGAAAAACAUUUUGCUGGCCAUGAUUGAAAGCAUCGCAGUUUGCUGCAUAUGGGAGCUACGGUCAAAGUGCAAAGUGAUGAUGAUCCCUGUCCACCGCCGAAGGCGCCUUCAAUGGGGAUGUCAGCUUCAGAACUGGAUCAUGAAGCAAAGGAAGAAGAUUGCCUGAUCUGACGAACUGCAUUGUUUUAUAGAUCAGGUGGAAGGUCAGAUGUGUGUGCAAAGAUUACCUGGUUAUGAAAUGGCAGCAGGAUGCACUAUGGGAAGAAAGCAAGCCAGCAGAGGCAGUGUUUUUCUUUGGGCCAUGUUCUGCUGGGGAACCUCGACUACAUACACCUCUUCAUAGCAUUGGUGCUCCCUGAUUCCAGAGCAAAGUUCAGCAGUAUAAUGCACCCUACCACACUGCAAAUAUUGGGCAGCUUGUUUUAAUGUUGUAACUGAACUACAACUCACACCGACCUUGUAUAAUCAUAGAAAGCGGCACAUUUAGAGAAAAAAGGAAAAACUGCCUAAUAGUAAAAAUUUGACUUUCUGACCCCUCUUUUCUAACACGCAUUUAACCCCUUAAGGACCAAACUUCUGGAAUAAAAGGGAAUCAUAACAUGUCACACAUGUCAUGUGUCCUUAACCCCUUAAGGACACAUGACAUGUGUGACAUGUCAUGAUUCCCUUUUAUUCCAGAAGUUUGGUCCUUAAGGGGUUAAGGGGUUAACUAAAAAACAAACGAAGACUGCAAAAAUGAAACAAAACAAAAACACCUAUAGAAUAAGUAACCGUAAACUAACACAUUGCACCAAACAAUAUGAUGAUGUUUAAAGUGCUCCUUCAAGAGACACAUUUUACAAUUCCACUUCAAACUUAAGUUAUACAUGAGUUCACUAAUGAAUUAGUGGAGUAACGUUUGAAACUUGGAGCAGUAACUGUGUAAAGUAAUCAGUUUUAGAACAUGACAGGAGGCUUCAUAUUUGCUUAAGUCUCUCUUUACUAGAACUCCACAGCAGCACAUUAACAUAGAGAGAAAACACCAAAGACAAAAACAUAAGGAAUCCACAAAAGGCUCUUCCCAACCAACCAUUUCCUCUUUACUUGCUGCUCCGCAGUCAGUACAGGUCAGAGUACCACUGCCUCCUGUUUUAUAUGGGUGGCUGUGUGUUUUAUUAUAUGUAACUUGUUAUUUUAUACUUGUGUAUUGGAGUUUACAGUGAUUUCUGUCUUUUUACUUAAUUUUCCUUUUUACUUAAUUUUUUUCUUUCCUUAGGCUUGUUGUUUGUUUUGUCUGCAUCAUUUGUUUUUCGUUUUCUGUGGACAUUGGCCGAGAAGCGGUCAUCCGACCGCCUCCCGUGCCGACCGUCGGGGCCGCGGAGUAAGAUUCCGGUGGUCCCACGUGUUCCUUGUAUUGAUUCCCGCCCGCCGGCUUCAUCCGCCGAGCGGGAAUCCUCUCCUUGCCUCCCUGUCCUGCCCACGUUCCUGCUCGCUUGUUUGCUUCUGCCCGAGCGGCGUGGGGAAGGAGCAGGGAGCUGCACUAUUACCGCGGGAGCCUCCGCUCCCGAACGCCUUUCCCCCUGCGACCGCGUGGUCGGACACAGGGGUGCGCGGCUCUAACCCGAGUCUGCCGCGCGUGUGACACUGAUUCCAUAAAGGCACAGUGUCCAUUUCUUCUUUUGAACUGCUCGGCGUACUGCUCAGUCCCCACUGUGGGGGGGACAUCACUGCAUUCUAACAGUAUUUAUCUGGGCAUGUUUUGGGGUUCAUUGCUACUGCCUGCAAUUUUUCUCAGUGCAUGUUUUAUGUAGGUAUAUAGGUUGCUCUAUGCAUUACACGUGCAUGACACCUGCAUGGGACCCUGCUUGGCAUCACUGCCCUCUCAUUGACCUAGGACUGGUCUGGGGACCCUGUUACAUCUCUACCCUGCACGCCCUCUAUGCCAAGAUAUACCUGCAUGUCUACAAUAAGGAUCUACGUUCCUGCCUACAUAUAACACUGGGCCGGUGCUACCCGUGCCCAUGUACUGGCCUGCUUUUUCUGUGCCCUUAUGAUUGGCCUGCUUUGUCUGUGCCCCUUGAUUGGCCUGCUUUGUCAGUGCCCCAUGAUUUGGCCUGCUCUGUCUGUGCCAUAUUACGCAUGCUACUGGCCUGGUGGCUCCAUACCCUGGACCUCUGUUUGUUGAGCCUGCAUGCGUUUACUGCUUGCCUCUGCCAAUACUAGGGGUGCGGCCCCUACUGCCUGCUAGUGAUACCUGUUCUCUAUCUCCUUAGGUAUCAUGUACCAUCGUCUCAGACAUUAUGGAAGCCUCUGCACAGAAGCAGAAUUUGCAGGCAUUGAUUAAUGCGGCUGUGACCACCUCUGUGGAGAAAGCCCUGCCUAGGGCCCUCCCUCAAUCACAACCGGACAGGGGUGCGAGAGGAACCCCCCUCUUGGCAGACGACUCGGCUGAGUCAGACUCUCAAGAACAAGAGCAGGCAAGUGCGCAAAUGCGCUAUUGGAAGGGUGAAGGCCUGAACCACGCUCCCGGAAAGGCAAGGCUCCGGUGAAGCGACAAGGUUCGAGGAUAUCAACCUCGUCGGCCAAACGCCGCCGUCUAUCGGGUGCAGGGGAGGAGGCCUCCUUACUCCCCCCUACUAUGGCCGUGCUGGAUGAGUGGCGGGCAGACCAGUCUCUCUCAGAGGAAGAAGAUGAUUGGGAGGAGGACCGUGGGGAUGGCCCCAAUUGGCGCUGGGAGGAUGAAGACGCGCCGGCGACAGAGGCCCCCACGGCGGUGCUAGAGGUCGACACCUUCCUGGAUGCUACAGGAGAGCCUCUGUUUGACCCUCGGUCUAUCCGGCACCCCAGAUCCUCAGAAUGGUCACUGCCCGACCACUUGGCACAAUUCGUGCACUACUGGGUCCGCAGACCUCUUGAAGGGGAGGUCCGCAAGAAGCUGCGGGCGGAAUGCCCCAGACCCGUUCUGACGGACAAGGUGGCAGGAACCCCGGAUUUUGACCCCCUGGUGGCCACGUAUUUGACUCGUACAGGUUGGGACCCCAAGAAAGGGGUGGAGCGUAGCCUCCGUUCAGAGCAAGAUAAACAGCUGGAUAUGCUGGGUCCCCUGUGCAGGAUGUUGGCCCUGGCGGAUGAGGCCUACACAGAGGGUACGAACCUGGACCCAGCCACCAUGCCUGCUGGGCAAUGCCAAUGUGGCCUUCUGCACAGAGCACAGGAAGACAGCACUGUUCUGUAUGGACAACAAACUGUCUGAGCUGGGGUCCAAAGAAUUGGGCCCCCUGGCUAAAGGCCUGCUGUUCGGGGAACCUUUCAUUAGGGAGCUGCAUAAGCACGUUAAUCUGUUUACCUCCCUGGAUAAAGCACAGUCCUCCAUAAAGAAGGUAUUCCGUCCACAGUCAUCCCGGGUUUUUGGAAGGGCUGGACGACAGCGGGGUCGUGUCUCCAGCCGCGGCCGGUCUUCGGGCCACCAAAGAUCCCGUGGUCCAUCCUUCUUUCCAUUGUAUCAAUCCAGACCCCCCUACACUUAGAGGGCGGGGGUAGAGUGCAAGAGGAUGGGCAAGAUUUCCUACAGGUGAGUACAACUCCUGCCACUUUCAAUCCCCCACUAUUGCAUGUGGGCAGACUGUUUCACUACAGAGACAGGUGGCGGGAGGUGUCUUCAGAUGUAUGGGUCCUUCAGACGAUAUGAGGUUACGUCAUAGAUUUCCACUCCCCUCUGACACAGGUUGGACCACUAAGGGUCCCCAUCAUCUCAAGAGAACAGUCCUUGAUAGAUGCGGAAGUUCGGGCACUGUUCGCCAAAGGCGCAGUCCAACAGGCCCCGGAUUUGGGGGGCUUCUUCAGCUCAAUUUUUCUAGUGAAGAAAAAGUCAGGAGAGUUCCGCCCAGUAAUCAAUUUGCGGGAAUUGAACGCCUUCGUGGUCUACCACCACUUCAAGAUGGAGGGCAUCCAUCUUCUUCGGGACCUUCUCCGGCCGGGAGACUGGUUCACAAGGCUGGACUUGAAGGACGCUUACCUCUCCGUCCCGGUGGACGAGGACUGUCGCAGAUUCCUCCGCUUCGUAUGGAAAGGCGAUCCAUGCCAAUUCACGUGCCUUCCCUUCGGCCUCAGCUCGGCCCCUUGGUGCUUCACCAAGCUCCUGAAGCUGAUGGUUGCCCGAUUCAGAUCAGAGGACGUCCGUUGCAUAAUAUAUCUAGAUGACUUUCUGAUCUUCUGCGAGGACCCCUCAAGGCUCAGGUACCAGACAUGCUCUGUGAUCUCCUUAUUGGAACACCUGGGGUUUGUAGUCAAUCUGAAGAAAUCGGCCUUAGAACCUUCCCAGAUGGUGGAAUUCUUGGGUUUCGAAGUUGAUGCGAAAGAAUGCGUUCUUCGCCUGCCUUUGGCCAAGGUAGUGACCAUUCGGAAGGAGAUAAGAAGGACUUUACGGCUGGGGUGCCACAUGCACGACAGGGUCCGGGGGGGAAUCAGAAUUCCACAUCAACUGCCUGGAGUUGAUUGCGGGUUCAUUUAUGAUUCGGAGCUUGGCAAACCACCUGUCGGACUGCUGCGUCCUCCUUCGGAUGGACAAUGUCUCAGCGGUGCAGUACAUCAACCGCUUGGGGGGCGCUCGGUCUCGAACACUAUUGGAGGUGACGAAGGAGAUUUACAGCUUCUGUUUCCAACGCAACAUCACCUUACAAGCGGAAUAUCUUCCGGGGGAUUUGAACCUAAUGGCGGACUGGUUCUCCAGACAUUGGAGGGAUGCCAGCGAUUGGAAACUCCUUCGACUUAUCUUCCUCGAACUCACGUAUCAGAGGGGUCCGUUCACGGUGGAUCUAUUCACCUCCAGGACGAAUCACCAGAUCCAGACGUACUUCAGCUGGCUCCCAGAUCCAGCGUGCACAGUGGUAGACGCUUUUCUCCAGGUGUGGCCUUUGCAGGGAGCGUAUGCGUUUCCUCCGUUCGCUAUGAUUCCCAGGGUAUUGCUACAAGUUCAAUGUCAACGCAUGUCCUUGGUGUUGCUGACUCCGCUAUGGCAGAGUCAAGCCUGGUUUCCAGAGCUCCUGGAUCUCUCCUAUCGGGAUCCUCUUCUCUUACCGUCCUCUCGAAUGCUACUCUCGGACUCCUCGGACUCACCCCCUAGUGAGGGACGGUCACCUGCACUUGGUGGCCUGGACUCUUUCAGGGAUACAUGGAAUGUCGAGGCAUUAUUGCAAUUGGCUAGAGACCUUCUCUGGGAUUCCUGGGCUCCCGGGAUGAGGAGAUGGGAUUCCUGGUGUCGUUGGUGCUUGGAACGGGAUACCGAUCCCUUUACAGGCACUGUAACCAGCGUGCUGAAUUUUUGGUCUCACCUCUUUGACUUGGGAAGAUCGUACCGCUCGGUUAACGUGACUAGGUCAGCUAUUUCGGCAGAGCAUGUCCCGCUUAGAGGUUUUCCCAUUGGCCAGGAUCCGCUAGUCUGCAGACUUCUGAGUGGGAUGAGGCUGGCGUGUCCACCGGUGCCUAAGUACUCCUCCCUCUGGGACGUACGUAUGGUUUUAGCGUUCCUUCGGGAAUUGGCGGAUUACCAGAACCUUUUCCCUUCGCCAGCUUUCGGCCAAAUUUGCCCUCUUGUUGUGUCUGGUCUCGUUCAGACGUGUUUCUGAUGUCCGGGCCUUUGAUGUCGACGCUUUCACGUUCUCUCCAGCGGGGGUCACCUUCAAGGUGAUUAGACAUACCAAGUCGGAUUCGACGGCUGUGUAUCCUUACUUCAGGGAUUCGCCUAAACUCUGUGUGGCGAAGGAACUGGCUCGCUAUGUAGCGGUUACCGCUCCACUUCGCUCUUCUCAUUCUGGCCAGUUGUUGAUCUCGUAUGUCAGACCCCACAAGCCGGUCUCGUCUCCUACCCUGGCUCGAUGGAUAAGAUGGUUAUUGACACUGGCGGGGGUGAAUGCGACCUUAGGAGCGCAUUCGGUUAGAGGCGCAGCAGCUUCUGGAUCUUUCAUGGCAGGCGCUUCCCUUCAGGACAUUUUACAUUCGGUGGACUGGUCCCAUGAAGAUACUUUUUGCCAAUUCUACUUCAGACCGUCGGACCAUGCUUUUGCUUUGCUGUCGGAGCGUUAAAACAGCAAAUAUGAAGCCUCGUGUCAUGUUAUAAAAUUGUAGAUUUUACUAGCUUUAGUGUAACUAUAAUCUUAAUUUUAUUAAUGACAGGAGGCGAAUAUUUCCCGCCCAGUCUUUCCCCCCCCCCUUGUUUGGAUUGAUUGCUUUAACUAAAUUCCUGUUGAUUUGUCUGGUCGCCUAGGCUAGAUUUGGUAGUCUGGGGUGAUGUCUGGGGAAGCUGGGGGAGGUGUCUGGUAUAUUGUAUUGCCGGUAGUUGAUGAUGGGUUUCAUGUUUUUUGUACUAUCAGUACUGGAUCGUGGGAUUUAUGUUUUUCUCAGUACAUUUCGUUCACUAAUCAGUGUUUUUCGACUCUGUUUAUUUCGUUUCGGUUUAAUGGUUCGACUACAGUUCAUAGAAUCGACGGUCUUGCAGGAUGAAGAUCAAGAUCCCAUCCAUUCUUCAAAGUUUUCUUCCAGAUGGCAUUCAUCGUUAUCUUAUGUUUUCUUCCUUUAAUUAGUUUAUUGGCAUUGUUAUGUACCUUAUUUUGUCGCAGCGUGAAAGAGAAAAUGGUUGGUUGGGAAGAGCCUUUUAUGGAUUCCUUAUGUUUUUGUCUUUGGUGUUUUUCUGUCUAUGUUAAUGUGCUGCUGUGGAGUUCUAGUAAAGAGAGACUAAAGCAAAUAUUCACCUCCUGUCAUUAAUAAAAUUAAGAUUAUAGUUACACUAAAGCUAUUAUAAUCUACAAUUCUAGAGAAACAUGGAAAUUGUUUUAUUUUUUGAAAUACUGUCCCACAUUUCUGAAAGCAUAAUAACUUAACUAUUUUUACAAUUAAAAUAAAUGUUUUAUUUAUAGGUAAAUUUGAAUGCAUUUGUGGGGACAAAAAAAAAAUGAAUGUUUAAAAAGAAACAAAAAAAUAGAAAUACGCUCCUCUCUCCUUACACACUCCUGUAAACAUAAGAAUAUUUCCCGUAAAAAAUGCAUUAUUUUUUUUUGCUGAAACAGUCCUGUUAUGGAGGGAUGAGGCUUAUGCUGUUAAACCUUUAUCACGAAAAUUUGAAAUGCACAAAAAAUAAAUAAAAAAGUAAUGCUAUUCUGAUAGCAAGUGUAGGAACAAUUUAAAGCCAUUUUGUACCUUUUUAAAGUGAUCUCUUGUGUCAUGCUAGGUGUUCCAUUCAAUGAUGUGUACUGUGCCAGUAAGUUUGCAGUGGAAGGAUUCUGUGAGAGCCUGGCUAUAGUCCUUCAGCAUUUUAAUGUACAGUAAGUAACUACUCAGUACUACGUUCAGUGAAGUACGCAGGUGUAAAUAUUUAGAUAGAUAAGCUAUGCAGCCUGGAAUUAAUUAGUUCCACCCUUGUUAAAGGGCUCAAGCACCAUAUACACUACAGAGUCAUGUAGUGGUUAUGGUGUCAGGAGUGCCCUGGUGCCCCUUUAAUGUAAGUAGUUGACAACAUACCUGGUGUCCACUAGGUACCAGUCUCCUCAUACGUUGAUAGCCAGAAGCUCUUGCAUUGAGCUAUACCCAACUGUGCAUUUAUAAUGCAUUGACUUAGCGUGCUGUAGUGGUUAUGGUGGAGUGUUCAUUUUUAACACAUGCCAAAUACAAAAUGACCAUUAUAACUUUGAUUUUUACAGCAUGCUGAAUGGGUGAGGUUAUCUAGAACUGCCUAUAGUCCUGCUACACUCUAUUAAAAUCAAACUGUUUAAAAUUGUUCUUCUAUAAACCAAAUGUCUUCCAAGCAAUGAGGGAUCUUCCCCAUGGUUGGCUAAUAGUGCCAUGGGUGGGUUAAGUUAGACAAAGCUGACAUUGAUAAUAUGCAAGUGUUCAUUUUACAUGAUCAAUUCAGCCUGGACAUGAUGAAGGACCCUGAUUUAUAUCAAACCAAAAUGGUUAUAGUAUUAAACUAAGCAUCAGGGGACUCUAAGCAGCAUAACUGCUACAGCAAAUUAAAAUUAUAAUGUUCCGUAGAAUGUCCCUUUAAUGUGCUACAGAAUAAUUAGAAUGUAUUCAUACAAAUUGUCCUUACAUUAUGUCUUUCCUCUAAUUAAGCGUGAGCCUUAUUGAAUGUGGUCCAGUAAGCACCAACUUCAUGGACAACCUGCAGAGAUUGGACCCCAGUGACAGCAGCCUACAAAGUGUGGACAGUGAUACCAUCUCAUUAUAUGCUCAGUAUCUCCAGCAUUGCAAGACCAUAUUCCAAGAUGUGGCACAGGACAUGGAUGAGAUUUUACAGGUCUGUGUCUAUUGGAACAUGUUAUAACCAUGCAUUGACACACAAAACACAGUCAAACCGAUACAUAAUACAUGUUGUGGGAAAAUAAUCCAAUGGGGGAUCUAAACACAUUGUAAUACAUCGCAAGACCUUGUGAAGUUUAUGGUGAGACUUCCAAAAUUCCCUUACUUUAAUUUUGCUUAAAGAACAACUGUGACCUCAACACACUUUUUUUUAAUAUAUGACCAUGUCAUCAAGCUUUGAAAGCAAAUAGAUUAUGGGUUAAAUGAAGUAAAUGUAAAAAAGAAAAACUCAACCCGACCUUUAGUAUGUGACAGUAUCCUGCAGUCAUAUACAUGGACCUUUGUCAGACAGUGGAUGAAAACCUCUCUAUAGUCUCUGCGGUCUACCCUGCUUCACUCCUUGCACAGUGGAUCCACCCGAGUUAAUGGCAGGUCAGACUGGUGUGAUAACAAACCAGGCUGCCAGUCCAUCACUCAGGGCGGCCCACUGAGCUCUGAUCCUGCAGAAGGCACUGUUUCAGUGCAGGGUUCUAGUGCCCUAAUGAUUCGCUCGUGCUAUGAAUGCUGGAGACAGUAGGUCAAAGCACGACCGCAGGGAACUAAGGGAACAAAAUUGGGCGUAGGGUGGUAUGCUGUAAGCACCCAGAUCAAGUCAUCUCGUUGAAGUGGUCUGGGUGCAGUGCAGUGCAGUGAACCCUGCAGCUGAAAACAUUGCAGUUUUAGAGAAACUGCAAUAUUGACAUUGCAGGGUUAAGACUCCCUCUAGUGGCCGUCUACCAGACAGUUACUUGAGGAGCAUCCUGCUGUUUCACAAAGUUUGCCAAUCCCCAGAGGAAUGCAUUGAUUCAGUGCUCUCCUAUGGUGAAGACCUAAUGCGUGCGACACAUUUGCCACACAUUCGCAUUAGGUUCACCCUCACACAGAAGUCGGAGGAGAUGGAGCCAGCACCAAAGUCCAUGGGUGUUGGAAACAGGUAAGCCACUGGUGAUACACUAUAGCUUUGUAUUCCCAACAAUAUAGUUUUCCUUUAAUACAUCAAUUAGUGUUAUUUUACUUCUAGACAACAGUUUCACUUUUAAUAUGUAUCGUGAUUUGAAGAAUAAAGAAAAUCAUGUAAAAGUAGAAGCUCUCCUGUUUUGCAACCUUAAAAGAAAGAUUUAGGAGACAUAAAGGAUUUGUCGUUUUGGCAUUCUGGGGUGUAUAUUAAAGGGAUUAAGAUCUAAAACAUCCAUACAUGCUUAUACACAUGGUCUUUUAUAAACAGGAUAAUUAUAUGCAGAUCUCCAUUGGUUGAUGAUAACAGUUAAUUACGAGGUAAGAUUAUGACUUUCUUUGCCUCCAUUUAUUUUGUCUAUUUAUUACAGGUGUACUUAGAAGCCAUUGAAGCACCAGUCCCAUCACUGAGAUACUUCACCACACAGUUCUUCAUGCCCCUAAUAAAGCUGAAGUUAUCCUGUGCAAGUGGCUCGGAGUAUGUUCAAGCCAUGCAUAAGUUUGUGUUCUCUGAAACAAAGCCAAAAGAGUAAUACCCCAACUGCUACUCUUUAUAUCAAGCAUUUUUUCAUUAUUAUUGACCAGUAAUAAGGUAACCUGAAGAUAAUAGUGACUUCAAACACCGCAAAUUUAAAAGAAUGCAGAAAAUUAAAAUGUGUCAUUAAACAGAA